AUGUUUCAUCAACACGGUUGUCAUAAACAACAUCAAAAUCAACAACAAUUCGCGUCCUUUGGAAGAUGUCGACGCCAGCAAGACCAGGGAAGGAUUCAUCAACACGGUUGUCACAAACAACAGCAAGACGCGUCCUUUGGAACAUGUCGACGUCAACAAGACCAAGGAAGGGGAUGCUUUAGAAUGAAUUCAGAGCAGAGCUCUAAUCAUUUUGCAUCGAGCACUUGCUAUAGACGUAGAGAAAGUCAAACUCCCGUUGAUCAUCAUCAAGGAUUUCAUGGUCAUCGCAUGCAAUCCCAUCAUCAUCAACGUAACUUUACCCAUGGCCCUCCAGGACACGCACCGCCUUCAUAUGAAGGAAGAAACCAUAGUCAUCGUGGAUUUCACGCGCAUCACACCCAUCAAAAUAGUCAUCGAUGCGGUAGCAACGAAAGAUUCCAAGAAUGUCCUUUUAAACAACGACGACAUUCCUUUGACGAUGUCUUAAGAAACAAACAUCAAUGCCAAAGAGAUUGUUGA